CCGCCAGGCGAACUGGAGCUACGUGCUACGUGUUCCUUGCGGCUAUUUGUGAACCUGUCUUUAAACUGUUUAAACUGUUUGUACUUGCAAGCGUGCAGUCAUGAUUGACAUACCGUUCCUGACGCCACUGUUGGACCGGAUUCCUACAUAUAUGGAUUUCGAGGGACAGAAGGCAGCGGAGAAACUAUUUCAAGUGGUCAUUGUUGCCUUUGCGGCGGCUGGACUUGUCUGGGGAUACAUUGUACAGCAGUUCUCCUACACUGUCAUCAGCCUCGGAAUUGGUUUUGUCAUUUCCUGCCUGCUCACACUGCCUCCCUGGCCGGCGUACCGCAAGAAUCCCAUUCCAUGGCAGAAGCCACGGGAGGAAGCCGGUUCCUCGUCGAGCAAGUCCAGCAAGAAAAAGAAAUGAUCAACAAAGGAGCCUUUAAUAAUGUUUAUCCUUUCUCUUUUUUUUUCUUCAUUAAGGCUUUCAUAUUUCGAGCAAGGCUGUGGGUGGUGUUCCUUUUCAAUAAAUUAUCCACAGGCUGCCUUCAGUUCAGGGCACGAAUAAGAAGGCAGCGUUUGGCA